AUGUCUCAACUUCAGAGAAAGGACAUCAUCUUCUCAAAUUAUGUCAACGGCAAACAGACCUUUAUCAUCCCCUUGACUUUCACAGAUAUAAACGACGCUAAGGGUAUCAUCACAAGGAUCGGAUAUGGCGGUGACGUUUGGGAAUUGAGGGUGGACUUGCUCAGUCCACCUGGCAAAGAGGUUGGCGAUGUGAAUCUGCCUUCCCUAGGUUACGUCAAGGAGCAAGUGGAGGCUCUGCAAGCAAUGUCUUCCCUGCCAAUUCUUUUCACUAUCCGCACCAAGUCGCAAGGUGGCAAGUUUCCUGAUGAUGCGAGUAAGGAGGCUUUGGACCUCAUUUUGCUUGCUGUUGCGUCCGGAAUAGCCUAUGUUGAUGUGGAAAUUGAGUGGCCCCCGGCUAUGCUCAAAGAGAUUACGGAGAAGAAAAGUUCUACAAAGGUCGUGGCCUCCUACCAUAGCUGGACUGGCAAGGUGGCAUGGACGAGUGAAGAACUCAUGCAGAGAUUUGCUGCGGCCGAUGCGUUUGGUGAUAUCAUCAAACUAAGUAUACUCUCAGCCGCAAUCGAAGAUUGCUACGAACUUAGCUUGUUUGUCCGCAACUACAAGCUAAAAUAUUCGAAGCCACUCCUGGCUGUGGGAAUGGGGCCAAAUGGGCAGCUCUCGAGGAUUACAUCCCCGAUAUCACUUGUCACCCAUCCCUUGAUUCCAUUCCCUUCGGCGCCUGGUCAACUCAGUCUCGCGCAAGUCCAUCAGGCGCGUCACCUCAUCGGGCAGCUACCCAAACAGGAAAUUUCAGUGGUAGGCGAGGAAAACGUGACCGAAAAAGUCUCGCGCGCUCUCCAAGCUGCCUUCUUGGAGUUAGGCUAUCCACAUUUGUGCAGUGUUUGCAAGGGGAAAAAUGGGAAUGUGACUUCGGAACUUGACGUAACUGGUCUGGACUCUACUUCAUCCAUGGUUACGGUAGUUGCUGAGGAGUUUACGCAAUGCACAGGGAGACCUGCACCUUGGUCGGUAAUUGACAAUUGUCUUCAGUAG